GGCAACGGCGGGCGUGGCCCGCGCAGGAGGCGCGCAGGGCGGGAGGGCGCGGAGCUGCGGCUACUCCCGCGCCGCCGAGAGGGAGGGGCCGAACGCCGCCCGCCAGCCCAGCUCGCCACCGCUCGCCGCUGCUCAGUGUCCUCAGGAGCCCAGCUCUGGCCGGCGAAGGCGACGGCCAGCACAAGCCCGGGCCCCGGCGCGGGAGGCGGAGGCCGGCGGAGGCGCGGCCCAAGCGGCCCGGCGUGCGAGCCCUGCUCACCGGUGCGGCAUAGCUGGUGAAAUCUUCCUGUGAAGAAUAAGGAUCCCUAAUUGUAGAAGUGCCACAAGCACCAUUCACUAGGAAGCAAGGGUCAGGAUGACAGAACCAUCUAGCCAAGUCUGAAGUGUGAAGACCACCAUAUCCACCAGAAGACCCAGGAUGGAUCUGCACCAGAGUACCACAGUCAGGCUCCUGGAGAAAUGGUGUUCCAAUGAGUCACCAUCUGGCUGCAGGAGACAUUAUAAUGCCAGGAAAAAACUGAAGCUAAUUCGAGUCAUUGGCCUUGUCAUGGGCCUGGUAGCUGUGAGCACUGUCCCACUUUCAAUCAGUGCCUUUACUGAGACAGACACUCAGAGCAACCCAGGAGAAGCCAGCGAUAUGAGUGGCCCUCGGGUAGCAGCACAGGGUCACCGUCAAAGAACUCUCUUAGAUUUAAAUGACAAGAUUCGAGAUUACACCCCACAGCCACCUGCUUCUCAGGAAGACAAAGCUGAGAACAGCACUGAUCAUGAGCAGGGAGACUACCCAAAGGACAUCUUUUCCCUGGAGGAGCGCAGAAAAGGUGCCAUCAUCCUCCACGUCAUCGGGAUGAUCUACAUGUUCAUAGCCUUAGCCAUCGUCUGUGAUGAGUUCUUUGUUCCUUCCUUGACUGUCAUCACUGAAAAACUGGGCAUCUCUGAUGAUGUGGCUGGAGCCACCUUCAUGGCCGCAGGCGGGUCAGCCCCAGAACUUUUCACGUCUCUCAUAGGGGUCUUUAUUGCUCACAGCAAUGUUGGCAUAGGCACCAUCGUAGGUUCAGCCGUGUUCAAUAUCCUCUUUGUUAUUGGCAUGUGUGCACUGUUCUCUAGAGAAAUAUUAAACCUGACAUGGUGGCCGCUCUUUCGGGAUGUGUCCUUCUACAUCGUUGAUUUGAUCAUGUUGAUCAUAUUUUUCCUCGAUAACGUUAUCAUGUGGUGGGAAAGCUUACUCCUCUUAACAGCUUACUUUGCUUAUGUGGUUUUCAUGAAGUUCAACGUCCAAGUAGAAGGAUGGGUGAAGCAAAUGAUAAAUCGCAAUAAAGUUGUCAAGGUGACAGCACCAGAAGCCCAAGCAAAGUCGCCUACAGCCGGGGACAAGGAAGAGCCGGCUUUACCGGCUAAGCCGCGCCUCCAGCGAGGUGGAAGUUCUGCCUCCCUCCACAACAGUCUUAUGAGGAAUAGCAUCUUCCAGCUCAUGAUACACACCCUUGACCCACUUGCUGAAGAACUUGGAUCAUAUGGAAAACUAAAAUAUUAUGACACAAUGACUGAAGAAGGGAGGUUCAGAGAAAAGGCUUCAAUCCUCCACAAGAUUGCCAAGAAGAAAUGCCAAGUGGAUGAGAAUGAGAGGCAGAAUGGAGCUGCCAACCAUGUGGAGAAAAUCGAACUUCCCAACAGCACCAGCACCGAGGUCGAAAUGACACCAUCGAGUGAAGCUUCAGAACCUGUGCAGAAUGGGAACCUCUCCCACAGCAUUGAAGCUACAGAUGCCCCGCAGGCCACAGAGACUGCUGAGGAAGAGGAUGACCAGCCCCUCAGCCUGUCCUGGCCGUCCAACACCCGCAAGCAGGUCACAUUCCUGAUCGUUCUUCCCAUCGUACUCCCGCUCUGGAUCACCUUACCGGACGUCCGCAAACCGGCUUCCAGGAAGUUCUUCCCUAUCACAUUCUUUGGCUCCAUCACUUGGAUCGCAGUUUUCUCUUACCUGAUGGUGUGGUGGGCACACCAGGUCGGAGAGACCAUCGGCAUUAGUGAAGAGAUCAUGGGUCUGACCAUCUUGGCUGCUGGGACCUCCAUCCCUGAUCUUAUCACCAGUGUCAUAGUGGCCAGAAAAGGGCUGGGGGACAUGGCCGUGUCCAGCUCUGUUGGAAGCAACAUCUUUGACAUCACUGUGGGGCUGCCACUGCCCUGGCUCCUCUACACCAUCAUCCACAGAUUCAAGCCAGUGACUGUCAGCAGCAACGGCCUCUUCUGCGCCAUCGUCCUCCUCUUCAUCAUGUUGCUCUUCGUCAUCCUCUCUAUCGCCCUCUGCAAAUGGCGGAUGAACAAAAUACUGGGCUUCAUCAUGUUUGGCCUCUACUUCGUGUUCCUGGUGGUCAGCGUCCUCCUGGAAGACAAAGUGCUCGAAUGCCCUGUCUCCAUCUAGUGGAAAAGCCAUAUCUUAAACCAACAGCAUGGAUGGUCCCUCCUGGCUCUGGGUUCCAGGCUCCUUGCUGCCUUGAGAAGAGGCAGCCUGUGCACAGCCUUGGGAGGCAAGUGUCCCUCCUUGGAGAGUUAGAGGAAGGAUGGAUUCUCAUGGGGCCAUUCACGUCACAGGCAACUCACCCUUGCCUGCUGAAAUGACUCCAUGUAAGAGACAAAGAGAACCAUCUCUCCAUCACCACUGACAGGUACUCCUCGCUGGUCGGAGGUACGUUCAUUGUGAUGACACAGAAGAGGACAGAGGCCAUACAUACCUAUAAAUAUAAACAUUAUAAAUAUAUACACAUGAGCAUACAAAUCCUGCCUGUUUCUGUACUAUACCUCUCCUCCUAUACCUAUAGAGUAAUAUAUAACUGUACACAAACAGAAAGAAAAAUUAUAUAUAUAUAUAUAAAGACAUAUAUAUUUAAGGCAAAUGCAUCUUUUCAGGGAUAGCUCUAGCAUAUUUAUAGUACCUAUUUGAAGAGGGGCAUCAACCUUCAACCUUCAGUUUGUACUUUGCCUCUCAAGUGCAAAAGGUGACUUAACAGAAUCAGUCGGCAAAGCGUUCUUUGCUGUGAUCUCCAGGCUGCUUUGGAUAUACUAAGUUUAGUUUACUAUUUUGCAGAGAGGGAGGCUUAAUAGAGGGACUCUGUAGCAGCCCCAGUUAGAACCUCUAAAAUACUCUCACAAGCCAAACAGAACCCAUCUGCACAUCCCCACUGGGAUGCUUUGACUGAGACCCACGGGAUUCCUUAAGACCGGGUGGUAACCAAAGGGGAACUGAUGAAGGUUAGGUUGUUUUGUUUUGUUUUGCUUUUUCUUGUAUUGCCCCAGCAUGCAAGUAGAUGAUAUGAAUGAAAAACCAAAUUAGUGCUUUUCUAGGACAGCAAAAUUAUAUAAACUGAGCCUAUCUUGUUCCAGUGCAUGGCCCAUUAUCAUCAAAAGAACAAGGGCGAUCUUAGCCAUGAUUGUCAUUUGACAUGCUUUAAUGCCAAGGGCUCACAUCCAGUCCAAAGUCCUGCCAAGAGAGCUGAGAUGUGUGCUGAGAAACACCGUCCAGCAGAGGUGCUCAGUGGGAGUUGCCACUGAUGGGAACCUAAGGGGGUAGCUCCUUAGAGCAUUUCUCAGUGUGGUCACCAAGGGCUGCAGUCUAAGAAUCAUUCCCAAGAGAUCUAAACUAACGGUGGACAGUGCUUGAUUGACGCAGUUUGGGUUUGUUUGCAGAGGCAUUUACCCAUUUACCCCCCCCACCCCCCCCCCGAACAGUUUCCAAGUCCUGUGUCAUGAAUUCAGUGUAGACCCGUGCAACAUCCAUGUCCUUCCUCCCUUCAUAACCCCAUCUGGAGCUCCAGUGUUCCGAGCACACUGGAGACUGUGUUCCACAGUGUCCUUACGCUGCUCUGAAGCAGUCGCUCUGAUAUAAUGGUUUACUGGUUUUGCUCAGCUUCACAUGGGACCAUCUCAUUCAGUGAGUGCCCCCAAGCUCUGUCUGACGUCUUAUGUGAUUUCUCUGGUUUAUUUUGAUAGAAAAUGAGACUGGUUGAUUGCAGCAGGACAAAUUAAACUGAAAAAAAUAUGCAGUUUUUCAUUUCCCUAAACCAUGCUUUCUCCUUAAAGUCCAUUGAAAAAGUGAAUGGAGGGUGACCCCUGCAUGUAAAUCGGCACAUGCCAUGCAUGGAGAAUGUCAUCAUGCAUUCAAGUUCUGAUCUGUCACCGUGUCUUUUCUGACUAUGUUGUGAACAUCGUUAAACAAGGGAGGAGAGAUGCAGAACUCAAAGCUGAAUAAAAAGGUGGGAUUGCCAGGCGGUGGUAGCGCACGCCUCUAAUCCCAGCACCCGGGAGGCAGA